AUGAUGGAUUUAGGACCCUUGGAUCAUGAUGAACAGCAUGCAUUGGAAGAGGAAAUCAGAGCAAGACGUCUAGCACGAAGACAACAGCAAAAGAGGACCUACGCCGACGAUGACGAUGAAGAGGAACAGUCUCGUACUACCAUAGGAACACGAGUAGCAGAAGGACAUCGAAACUAUCAAAUGAUGUACGAUAUGUUGACUGGUAUUCGUAUUGCCGUAGGUCGUGUGUCUGCCAAAAUACAGAGAGAUUUAACACCUGAGGAUUUUACAGCCGCUCAUAAACUCGUCUUUGAUGUUACGGGCAAUGAAUUAACACCGGGAGUGAAAUACGAUUUCAAGUUCAAGGACUAUGCGCCAUGGGUAUUCAGGAACUUGCGUGAGAAAUUUCACGUGGAUGCAGCAGAUUAUAUGAUGUCCUUGACCAAUAAAUAUAUUCUCAGUGAAAUUGGUUCGCCUGGUAAAAGUGGUUCCUUCUUUUAUUAUUCCAGAGAUUAUAGAUUUAUCAUCAAGACCAUUCAUCAUUCUGAGCAUAAAUUUAUGAGAAAGAUUUUGAAAGAUUACUACGAGCAUGUGUCCAAUAAUCCAAAUACAUUACUGUGUCGCUUUUAUGGACUGCAUCGAAUUAAAUUACCAAGAGGUCGAAAAAUUCAUUUUGUCAUCAUGGGUAAUGUCUUACCCUCUAACAAGGAUAUCCAUGAAACCUUUGAUCUGAAAGGAUCCACCUUUGGAAGAUUGACAUCGGAGGAAGAAGUGGCACGUAACCCACAUGCUGUCAUGAAGGAUCAGAAUUGGGUGAAAAACAAGGAACGCAUUCAAUUGGGCGCAAGUAAACGAGCUUUAUUUCUCACCCAGUUGGAAAGAGAUGUGGAGAUCCUCAAGAGGUUGAAUAUCAUGGAUUAUAGUCUGCUGGUCGGUAUCCAUGAUAUUCGAAGGGGGAACACCGAGGGUAUCCGUGAUCAGAGUUUACAUAUGGUCACACCGAGGACGGAGGGCCUGGAAAGACGUACAUCGAUUCGACGUAGUAAUAACGAAAAAGCAGAAAUCAUUCGUAAAGCGUUAAGGAAUACAAAUCCAGUCCAUAUCAAUACCUCAGAACUACCCGCCAGUCCAUCCGAAGAACGAAGGUGGUGUAUAUUUUAUGCAGAUGACGGUGGAUUUCGAUCGAGUGAUGAAGAGAAUCGACCCUUGGAUAAACUCUAUUAUAUGGGCGUCAUUGAUAUUUUAACACCUUAUAAUUUCAUGAAACGAUCUGAACAUAUUUGGAAAAGUAUCACACAAGACAAAAAUACCAUUUCAUCCGUGCAUCCCAUCGCUUAUGGAAAACGAUUUAUGGACUUUAUGAUAAAAGCAGUAAAUGGAUCCUUUGCUGACAAACAAAAAAUAGAAUAA